AUGGACCAGUCUUUCUCAACAGAGGACGACAUCAUUUCUCCAAACGGAACCCAACCUUUUCUCUCCUCUCAACCCCCUUCAGAGUCUCCUAUUUCAGGAUCUCUGAACUUCAGCAUCGCAUCGCGUAGCUCAAGUUCCAAUAACAACUUUGCCCCGAUCGACUUUACGUCGUUCACCACGGAUUACCCACCGCAAGCAUGGCUUCCCUCGCCCCCGCUCCAACAGCCCUUGGCUUCCAAUCAGAACAACAACAGCAGCAAUACCAACAACAACAGUGCUCUCGAGGACUUUGUGCUCUAUCCCUCACCACACCCGCAGCGCUUGCGUGUGCCUGUGAACACAACCCAUAGACCUUCUGCACUCCAGCCAUUUUUGGCGCAGAAUAAUCCCCGACGACACUCAUUCAGUUUGCAGUUGCAACGUCAUCUCCAGCAGCAUUACUCUGGUUCUCAAGAUCCUAGAGUGACCCAGCUUGCCCGGUCCCCCUCUUAUUGGUCCCACCCCACGCUUAAGCACACCCGUCAACACACGGCAUCUGUGCCUUCUUUCUCUCCAAACACUAACCGCCCUCCUGUCCCGCUUUUCAACGGUCAAUCGAACCAAACCCCAAACACACCCAAAUCCCGCCGCGUCAUGUCUACUCCUAACUUCUUGGAAGGUAAUUUGCCAUACGUUUCACCUUACCCAAGCGCCUUCGUAACUAACUCCACUCCAGCACACGACGUUGACCUUUUCGGUCUGAACGGCGGCCUUCCCUCUGCCGGUUUCAACUCCGACAUGGACUCGCCGCUUGCCUUCGAUCCUCUCGAUGAGGCUGGUCUUCUCCGCAACGAUCCCCCGGGCACUAUCUCGCCCCGGGACUUGAUGAUGGAUACCUCUGUCCCUCCUUCUGGCACUUUCACUGAUCUGAGCACUCCUUCCUUCGAGUCGCCCGGCAACUUCAGCCAAAACCCUUCGCCAAUGUUUACCGACAUGGACCUCGUCGGUCAAGAAGAAUGGCCCUCUCUAUUCGACGGCACCGAUAUGAACGCUUUCGACCUGGCGAACCUCGAGGGUCUCGGUGUUGCAGCCGCCCUCCAGAGCGCGCCCAAGAAGCUUACACUCGAGGUUAACACAGCGCCUCGCUCUCCUCUUAAGCGCCCUGCUUCGUCGAUGGCUUCAUCUCCAGUUCCUGCGACCGGUGGUACCAAGCACUCGAGCAUUUCUGGCGUCAAUGCCCGGUCGCGCAAGAACCUUUCACCUGUGGACUUUGAUCCCAGUGAUCCCGUUGCCGCCAAGCGCGCUCGCAACACUGAGGCGGCGCGUAAAUCGCGUGCCAAGAAGAUGGAGCGCCAGGCUGAUUCCGAGCGCCAAAUUCAGGAACUCCGGGAGAUCAUUGCUGAACGUGACGCGGAGAUCGCCAACCUCAAGGCUCAGCUUCAGAUUCAAAACAACUUCCAGUAA